CUCGUUCUUGGACGAACUCAGACAGACACCUUAAGAAAUCUGUUUUAUUUUAUCAAUUUGGGACGAGGACAUGGUUAAGCCGAAGCAACAGAAGAAGCUAUCCCAGAAGAAGCAACAACAACCGCAAGUAAUUUCAUGUGAGCGGCAUUUGGGGAAAUCAUUCAUUGCAACACGGACUUUGUCCUUGUAUCAGCCCAUUUCGCAUUUCAUCUCCUAUUUGAUGGAUAGAUUCAAGUGUGGAACCCAAACUAACUUCCUUGCAAAUCAGCGUGAAUCAGUGGAAAUAAACACAUGUUAAGAAGCUGGGAAAACAGGCUGACACUUCUCAAUUUCGUACUCAGUUGGAUGCUCUGGGAUUACGCAUUGUUGAAGUGACUGCAGAUGGUAAUUGUUUCUUCAGAGCCCUCGCUGAUCAGUUGGAAGGCAAUGAGGAAGAACAUAAAAAGUACCGCAGCAUGGUGGUGAAACACAUAUUGGAUAAUCGGGAGAUGUUUGAGCCCUUUAUUGAAGAUGAAGUACCAUUUGAUGAGUAUUGCCUGUCCAUGGAAAAUGAUGGUACAUGGGCUGGACAUAUGGAAUUGCAGGCAGCUUCUCUUGUAACACGUAGUAAUAUAUGCAUUCACAGGCACAUGUCUCCUCGGUGGUACAUUAGAAAUUUUGAUGAUCAUGGAGUUCGCAUGGUCCAUUUGUCUUAUCAUGACGGGGAGCAUUAUAACAGUGUGCGGUUGAAGGAUGAUCCUUGUGAUGGGCCGGCAAGGCCAAUUGUAAUCAAGGUUGAUGCUGAUCUUUCAGCACCUUCACAUGAAAUGAAAGUUAUGAACAACAAAACCCGUGGGCGAGCUGGUAAGGAAACUUUUCAACCGGGGUCCAUAAAGUUGGUUAUGGCUGGAACUGGAUGUGAAAAUGCGGAAAAAGUGGAACAGAUUCUAGGGCAGGUAAAUGGAGAUGUUGAUGCUGCAAUAGAAUUUCUAAUAGCAGAGCAAGGAACAGAAGAGUGCUCUGCGAACUCAGAUUCCCUACCUAGUGGGGCUAAUACUUAUGCAUGUAUAGGUCUUGAUGAAAAUGAGAACCAUAAGCAACACGAAGAAGACAAGGUAGAGGACAGCACUAAUGAUGAAUCAAACAAUAGUUCCAAGAAGACCAAUAUCAAAUUGCAACCAAAUGAUAAGAUUCCUAGAAACAAGGUCUGCCCGUGUGGUUCCAAAAAGAAAUAUAAAGCUUGUUGUGGAUCUGCCUUGGGAAAACAAUCUGCUAAGUUUCUAGUUAACCAAGCAGCUGACGCACGAAGGGGCAAAAAUGAAAGGAAGCGAGGAGAAAAGGGGAUUUCUGCAAAAGUAGAAGUACCUAGUGAAUACGACUUGGUAACACCUGACGUGGGCGCCCUUUGUAUUUGAAUUGAUAAUAGAUAAGUUGAUUGUGCUGCACCAGAGGAGAUGAGCUACUGAAGGUGAUCAAGUUAUGUCUUUACAUUCCUAUUGAUUUACAAGUUUGCCGAACGUUAUAUACAGAGAACCCUACCAUUUUUUAUAUCGUCAGUGCUCAUGUUACGUCAACUGGUUGAUAUGCUCAUGACAACUUAUUGGCUACCAAGAUGAUAGCUUUUAGUAGUAAUCUACCAUGUUGUUAUCGCCCCUUCAAUAUAUACUAACCGGUCUGUGAAUUAAGACUUGGUUUUGGUAAGGCGGAAAGAGGGAGGGAGGAAGGAAGGAAGAGGGUUUGCUUUUGGCAGAAGCCACAUCAGGGACAGGAAAAGGAAUGUACAGAAGAAGAAAUAGAGUUACAGAAAUUAUUUAUAAUUUUUGUUCUUCCGGCAAGAUGCUUUUGGGAAGAAUGUGGAAGUCUUGAUCAUUCUUUUCAUGAGAAGUCUCGUGUGAGAAUCAGUUUUGCCUAAAAUAUAGGGUAGAAAUUUUAUCAUUAUGAUUUAGUCAAAAAGUUCAGCUGAACAAGGGUCCUUUUUCCUUUUAACAUUUUCGGCUAGAGUCAAUGGACCUAAUCAACCAGAGAAAAGUUUCUUACAUUAUCUCAGUAAUACAAGACUAGAGUGGUUCAAAAGAGGAA